ACUAGUAGUAGAUCCGCCCAGGGCCUUUUUCCCUCCCCUCUCCACCGCAUCUCUCGAAAUCCACCAAAGGAAGAGCAGCGACAACCCCCUGUGACCACGGACCAGUAAGGGUAAGACUGCCCACCCGCACAGGCUUCGUGUCCCAUUCAUUCAUCGCAUCUAUCUCAAGACUCUACUAGACGAUCUAGCUGCUACUAAUUCGGUGGCGCUUGUUCCUCUGACGCCUUUCUCGUUCGUCUGCUUUCGCUCUCACUUUACCUGUUCCGUGGCUUAUUCUUGUCCCUAUCACGAUUCGCCAAUACGCAGCGCGCUCUACAGAGACGGAAAGACGAGGAAACUCGUUCAUCUCAAUUCCCCGUACUCCCCUUUGACGACCUUAUUUUCGUCUAUUUCCUAGAUCUACCGCUACCCACCUUCGUCGCGCUCUGUUCCUUUUUAUUAUCGCCGUCUCCGCUUGAAACGCUCCCCGGUCGCAAGUUUCUUGGAUGGAUACCUGGCCAUGAGCACAACAGCAGAGAAUCGCCCCGAAUCUACACCCUCACGACCUAGCCCUGCUCCCAGCACCGCGGGCUCAACGGGUACUUCAGGCAUCACUGUUCGCGGUGGACCAAACGGACACAUGAGUUUCAGAAGACAACGUGCGUCGCGUGCUUGUGAGACCUGCCAUGCGCGAAAGGUCCGUUGCGAUGCUGCCAGUUUAGGUGUGCCUUGCACCAACUGUGUGGCUUUUUCCAUCGAGUGCAAGAUCCCUACGCCGAAGCGCAAGAAGAACCAGACCAAGUCGAAGGAUACAAACAGCGGGACUGAUGAGCGCAACGAAGACGACCAGGACAAGCAGGAGGAGUCGCCAAGUGACGGCGGCCCGGAUGGCAAGGAUGCUUUCGGGUAUCGCAAGAACCGGAUGGCCGUCGAUGGGAUGCCAGUGACCACCCUCACCGAGCAACAGGAAGCUCAGCAAGCGUCCCACAACAACGCUUACGCCCAAUUUAUGAAGCCCAAGUUCGCUCGGGCACCGAUAAAGGAAGCAGGCAGAGUCGCCUAUCUCGGAGAGUCAUCAAAUCUGUCGCUCCUGGUUCAGGAUCGUCAUGGCACAACUGACGUGGUGCACUAUCCUCUUCCGCCUAACAUCAGAGGAUCGCGUGCUCGGUUGACGGACCUCGACAACCUCGAACUCGACAUUCUCCAUCAGCGUGGCGCUUUCCUUCUCCCUCCCAAACCCCUCUGUGACGAGCUUGUCGAAGCUUAUUUCAAAUGGGUCGCACCUAUCGUCCCCAUUGUCAAUCGCAGCCGUUUUAUGCGACAAUAUCGCGAUCCGAAGAAUCCACCUUCUUUGCUUCUACUACAGGCCAUCCUUCUCGCUGGCUCGAGAGCCCUUGUUCUCCUAGGCUGGUACUGGGAAGGUCCCGAAGACGUGACAAAGAAUGUCUUCUACUGGACGAGAGUUGCUAUGGUCGUCGCACAAGGCUCCGGCAUGCACCGAAGUGUGGAAACAUCUCAACUCAGCAAGCCAGACAAGAGAUUAUGGAAGCGUAUCUGGUGGACUCUCUUCACCAGGGACAGAUCCGUAGCAGUUGCCCUCGGUCGGCCUAUCGGAAUCAACACCGACGACUCAGACGUGGGCAUGUUGACCGAGGACGAUUUCAUUGAGGACGAGAUCGACAGCGUCGCCGAGUACCCCCCAGACCCUGUACACGUACAGUUCUUCCUUCAAUAUGUCAAGCUGUGCGAAAUCAUGGGACUGGUGCUAUCCCAGCAAUACUCUGUGGCCUCCAAAUCUCGGAGGAUGAACGCCAUGGACUUGACGCAUUCAGAUAUGGCCCUGGCAGACUGGCUUCAGAAUUGCCCCAAGGAGGUAUGCUGGCAAAAGUCCCGGCAUCACUUCUUGGCAGCUCUUCUUCAUGCGAACUACUAUACCACCCUGUGUCUCCUGCAUCGAGCACACAUGCCCCCUGCUUCGUCGGCGCCAAAUAGCUACCGUGUAGAGGAGAUGGCGUAUCCGUCUCGUACUAUUGCCUUCCAAGCUGCAGGGAUGAUUACCUCUAUCGUCGAAAGUCUACAGACACAUAAAGAAAUCCGAUAUGCUCCUGCGUUCAUAGUCUACAGCCUGUUCUCGGCGUUGAUUAUGCAUGUCUACCAAAUGCGGUCAUCAGUACCGUCUAUUGUGGCGACGUGCCAGGAAAGAAUCAACAUUUGCAUGCAAGCCUUGAAAGACGUGUCCAAGGUUUGGCUGGUGGCAAAGAUGGUUCACACGCUGUUCGAGUCGAUCUUGGGCAACAAAGUUCUCGAAGAACGUCUUCAAAAAGCUGCUGGAAAGAGGCAUCAGAGGGUACGGCCCGAGACGCAAACGCAACAGCCUCCUGCGAAGAAACCGGAUCCGCCGAAGCGGAAAUUCGACGACAUGGAUCUUGGUUUGCCAAACGGGGGUCCUACACCUCCGGUUUCAUACGAACGAUCUCGACCACAAACACCUGCCGUCACCCCAUCCAGAGAAUUGGGACAACCUCCUGGGAUCAGCGUGCCGCAAGGGUCCCCUACUGGCCCUCAAAAUACAAUGCCAGGCAAUUCGCGAAGCAAUACUCGACCGACAACUCCCUUCAAUGGUCACUUCUCGCUACCUGCAACACCUCCAGACCUUUUCCUUGUCACACGUACUUCGCCCAAUCUCUCUCCGUCUCUCUGGGAGAACUUCCAGCCAGACCAGUUGUUCCCUGAUGGCACAGGCAUAUUCCCCGAGUUGGCGUCUCCGCAAAACCAUACUGUCGACCCACAACUACAGAUGCAAUCGCAAUUACAGUCACAGGGUAUGCAGCAACGUCACAUGGUUGUGAACCAAACGCCACAGAUACCGGGACGUAAUCUUUCCAGUCCGGAGCUGAUGUCGGGCCUGCCACCGGGAAUGGGCUUGCAAGGUGGCCAGCCACAGCAAAUGUUUGGAUUGGAAAAUCAGCAUGGAUGGCCCAUGCAAGGCUUAGAGGCGGCGUUGAAUGCCACUGGAAUAGACAAUACUAGCCAGGAUGACAACUGGAGUAGCAGUUCACGAAGUGGACCAACGGCUCCCACGACGCUGAACGUCGAAGACUGGUUCCAAUUCUUCGGCAUCAAUGGGAGCUUUGGAGAAAUGGCAACAUGACAGCGCUGAUCUCCCAUUGGCGACGAUGUCCUGAUUUUGCGACGUGUAUAACAUCGAUUCUCUGGCUGCAGCCUUUUGCGUCUGCGUGACUUUAUGAUUUUUACUCUAGUUCUCUUGCAGGGCCAUAUUAUGCCUAUUUGACGUAUUUCCUGUGUUCUGAUGGGACUGUAUGCAGACCGACUGCAACGAGCCAGGUUGAAACGGUAUAAGGAAGGAGUACAAUGGGGAGGAUGCAUUAUCCGGAGUCGAUACAUGUAUAUACUCGCACGUGCCGAUGCCUAUUUAAUGGCUAUAUCGAAUGACCGAUGGCUUUGAAU